AUGGAACUAGAAAAUAUUGUAGCCAACACUGUGUAUUUAAAAGCACGAGAGAGUGAGUAUCGUGUCGGUGUUCAUGGAGAGUGAGUCUCAUAAACAGCGAUCGUUCAAGUUCGCCGAGUCGAUUGUCGCCUGUUCUCGUGUGUGCGUUUGCGAGCUCUCGCAUUUUCGAGCUCAGAGUGUCACUAAGCAGCCUAACUUUUCGUAUAUUUGACAUUUUUUCUUCCAUUUUUCAGGUAAAACUAAAGGCAGGAGCAAGAAAUGGAGGGAAUUGCUAAAGUUUCCCCAUCAUACAAUAUCUGCACAUUUGAAAAACGAGAGUAAGCUGUCUCUUGCAUUUCCUUGGAGUUUACUUUCCCUGGUGUUUUCGCUAGCUGUCCCCUUGCCUACAGUCUAUCGGAUUUGUUUGAACCGCUUUCCAGUUUGUCGGACUUACUUUCUGUAUGUUUUCAACACACAGUUCAGCUCACUUAUGACAGGACCUGUGUACAAGAGCCCAUCGGAAGGGAAUUAUUCCGACAGUUUUGCUCCGGCAGCGAGAGACUUCAGCGAGCCAUUGACUUUCUCGACGAAGUGGUAAGGAACGAGAAAGCUCACCUGGCGAUUAUCUUGUAUGCUAUGUGCGAACACUCUUCCGUAAUUUGCGGACACUAACGAUUAUACCGCGGAAGCUUCCAUAAAGAAAUCAUUGUUUUUCUUUCUUGUCUUUGAUUUAGGACGCAUUUGACAAAGCUGAAGCGUCCAAAAAGCCUGAACUGGCAAAGGAGCUGGUACGCAAGCAUCUUCCACAACAAGCAACGGUAAGCGGCGAAUAUGGGUAAAGAAGGAUAUUUUCCGUUUUUGUUUGUAGGACAAUUUUUCCCCCGAUCCAGCUGAGUCUAAUCGUUAAUAGAGCCAAAAUCGUCUGCCAAAACCAGUCUGGAAUUGUUUGUGUACAUCUUACUCGAAUACACACUCGAUAAUUUAUUGCAUUUCGUAUCGUCGAAGUAAUUCUUCUCUGCAGAGCGAAAGCGAAAGGAACGGAAUUCGAAGGUUUUUUUGCCGGUUUACUUACACUUUUCAUACGUUAAUGAAGAGCGUCAUAUAUAAUUUAAAGAUCCGAAUACUAGUCAAAUUAAAAUUGUUCUCACGUUUUGAUGGCAUCCGCUACACUUGCGAUUGGUUUAUCUCUCUACCUGUCCGACACAACCUGAAAUUUAUUACGGUCUCGUUCUCCAUAAUUGAAACCUUACUAGGAUGGCACGGUUGUCGAGUAUACCUUGGUCCCAAUGUAUAAAUUUCCAAGACCCGUCUGUGAUACAAUGAUUCUACUACAAAGGGAAGGCCGAGCUAAUGAUUAGUGUAAUAACCCCAAAGCGAUUUGGAAUGCCACGCACAGUAGAUUAACGCCUGUACUUAUGCUGUAUUUCAUUUCAAUUUUUUUGUGUUUGCUUCCUUAAAUACUACUUUUCCUUGCUUCUUUAUGAUACGAUAUUGGUUAGCAAGAUCCUCAGACUUUGUGAAACGCGUCAAAAAUUUUCAAUCGCUUGUUGUAACAUAGUCAUCGCUUUAGCAUGUAUAUGUUUCCCAGCUAAUAUUAAUAACCUGAUCAAGUGUUUAACUCGAGCUAUUUCGAAACGCUUUUUUCCCAAGACAUAUCGCGUUGUACACCAGUUUACUAACUUCCUAAAUACGGCUUGUUUAUUCAUUCACUAGGAAAUAACAGUUCUCUUUGUUCCAAUGAAAUCCUGCCAAUUAUACAGAGUCCUAUACAGUAACGGUGUUCUGAGUAAUAUAAUUCGGUCAGCCAGCAUGUCAGUUCUCGCUAAGAUCAGAUUUUUGGUUCUUGCAGCUGCUCGCUUUAAGAUCACACGCCCGUAAGUCAUUCUAGAUAAAUAGUUUAUUGUAAGAACUACAGAUUGUCCCUAUCAAUAAAUAAAUGUUUGGACAAUUAUACUGAAAGCACAGAUAAAUCCGACAGAACGUCACGUUUUGUAGGUUCUACUACUCCUUUCUCCUCACAUCGCGAAAUGAAAUAGAAAGUGAACUUAUUGUGAUCUGUGAUUUACAGUGUUACUGGAUUUAACUCAUAAGCAGUACUAUUUCACGAUAGUUACAAGUUAAAUUAUUCACAUCCGAACAAUAACACAAUUUGUCACAAUGUAUCUUUUGACUUUACAGCCAUCAUUCGAAUAUUUGUGUCGUUUGUUUUGUUUUACGAAGUUACCUACCCUUCUUUCUUAUUUUCAAUUAGAAUAUCAUGUUUUCUCGAACGAAAGCUAAGAGAAUCAGGCCACUUCAUGGUGACCAAAAAAAUGUCAUGAAGGACAGAUUAAGAUGAUAUCCUAGAUUUGAUGUUUUCAGACAACUACCAAAGUGAUAGUGGUAUUUGAAAAUGAUUUUAGUGAUAGAUAUGCCAAACUCAGAUUCAGUCCAUGAAAUUGUUAUCCUUUGAAGGUUUGAUUAUUAGGUUUCAAUAUAUUAAAGAAAGUUGAGAUCUUCCCGCUAUAAUUCUCUAUAUCUUGAACAAAAAAGUGAUGUUGAAUUUGCAAUUAAUUAUACAUGCGAAUAGCCUGUGAUUGCAUAAGUAUUUCUGGUGAUCGCUAACAUGCAAACUAAAUCAAUUCAGAAAAAAAAUCGUCAAAUACAAUCUAAAAAGUAAAUAUCCUGGAGAAUACUCGACUGUCAAUAAAGGAGAAAGUGAAAAACCUUUAGUGAGUAAAUCCUGUUUCAUGUAGACUUAAUCGCCUCUUCAUUUCGUAUCUAAUCUCCAAGCAAGCUAGACUUAAUGCUGAUAUUAAGAGUGUUCUUGUUACAUUUAAGCUAGAAUCUUUGAUCAAUGUAAUUAUUAAGAACAUAAACAAGAUAGUAUAAAUUGUUAUGUUUCGAAAUAAAUUUUUGUGUUUGUUUGGUAGCAGCAAUAGAUUAUUUCUCUUACAAUUUGCUUGAUUUACUAAUUAUCUGGUUAACCCUUCAAAUCCCAAGAGUGACCAACAUCAACUUUCUCCUAGCAAUAUCACUACAUAAUUAAAAGAAAAGGUUAUAAGAACAAAUAAAAUGAUUACCUAAGGGACAAUGUUUUGAUCUUUGAACAAAUUCUCUCAACUAAUUCUGUAAGGAAAUGUAUGGAGAUCAGUUUGGAGAAUUUGUAUUUGGAUAUUAAAGAGUUAAAAUAGUUUUUUUGUCUGAUUCUAAGUGACAGUAGUAAUAACAUAAGGCUUGUUUAUGUACACAAACUGAAACAAUAAAAUUAGCAAAAAAAACACUUAAACUAAAGUAUCAUAAAUUCCAAGCCCAGCCUCACAGUUCUCUUACUGACAUGAUCAAACUGUUUAAGAGCAAAUCUAGCUUGUUACAAGUGUAUUUAUUAACCACAAUGUUGAUUGAGUUUUCAAGUAGCCAUAGCUUAUGAAUUUUCAUCAGGAGUGUGAUAUUUCGGAUACAGACGGACACCCACCUAGUACAGACACCUCAUUAUUAUGGACAGUUCGCUUGUUCCCUGGGGAAAGAAAACCCUUACAGUUUUUACAAGUUCAACCCCCUUAAUACGGGUCACACUUUCUAUGGCCCCCCUCAGUGUCCAUAUUAACACCGUUCGACUGUAUAUAGUAGUGUUUGCAAUCUGCUCUUUGGCUAAGGGUAGACUUGUACUGUACACGUGUACUAUCACGUAUAACACCUUCGUUAUGUCAAACUUUAUUUGGCAAGAUCAAAUCGAAAAAAUAAAGUAGAAAAAAAAAAUUGAAAAUAUACAAACAUAAAGAAUUAAAGCCCAAAAGGGAUGGGCACGAACGGGACACUAAGACCCAUGCAGGGUGCCUACCCUAGGAAAAUAUAAGGAUUUAAAAUAGGGGUAUAUACAAAAAGUAAAAUCUAGUUGAAGUAAGAUGAAAGUCUAAUUGUAGAAAAAUCUAAUUGUACAAAAUUGUCUUCUAACUGUAAAGAAAUCUAAAAGUAUUAAAAAUAAAUAAAUAAAUAAAAAAUAAUAAAGUAUAUACAUAGAGGAUAUUACACGGUGGCGCGAAGAUAUGAAUUUUAUUUUCGAGUGGCAAAACAAUAUUUUACGAACGAGCACAGGGAGUGAGUAAAAUAUUGUUUUUGCCACAAGAAAAUAAAAUUCAUAUCUUCAAGCCGCCAUGUAAUGUUCUUUUUAUUAUAUAGACAAAAAGACACCGAUAAAAAUAAUAAUAGAGGGAAAUUACCGAAAUUAUGUCAUCGAUAAACUCACGUGUGAGAUUAUGGAAAAUAAACCACUCAGGUCCCGGAUGUAGUUUUUAUGAAUUUUACGAGUGGUAUAUUUUCCAGUAAAACACCGGUGUCUAUAUAAUAAAUAUAUAUGUAUCAUUUCACCUGAUAUAAGCUGUUUCCAGUUGUGGCCAUUAAUGACAGCUCCACUGACUGCAGUGGUAUUGUCAUGGUAGAAAGAUUCAGUUAGAAGGAACUAUUUUAACAGCACCUGUUCCUACUGCAUGAAAUAAGAACUUCCAAGUUCCACUGAUCAUUUUUUUAAAGUUUACCCUUGGAUUUUGUUGUGUGGAGCUUAACACUCUAACCUAUAGAAAACCUCAUCCUUUGAUACCUAUUUUUUGUUUGUCCAGCAUGAUAAUGCUGAAAUUGAAAAUAACUACAGAGUGGCUGGAGUUAUGGAUGAUACAGCACAGAAGACAAUCAGUACAGUUUCUACUGCUGCCGAUGAUGAUUUUUCAAUGGAAUUUUUCAAAGAUGCUGUCAGGUAUGUUAAAAUUGUUUUCUUGAGAUGUUGCUUUGAUCUUAUUACUCUAAAAACCUGCGUAUAAGAACCUCCUCUUUUUCAAGUCUGGCAAAAAUAAUUAUUUAGUUGUUAUGAAGGAAAUGAUAUUAUUGAUUGUUGAUUACCAGAAACAUAAACUUGGGUUUGGUCUUUAAAUAUACAGUAUUUAUUCAAAUUGAACCAUAUUAUCAUAAUCCUAACAGUAUUGUAUGGUCUUGUUAUACUUAAAUUUGCAAUAUCAAAGUUACACUGCUAGCUUAAAUUAUUGUUUGUCAUAAUUUAACUGUAACCCACAUAAGAACCUGCUUGAUCACGUUCUUGUAUUUUGGGGUAUUUCUGCCAGGAGGUUCUCAAUCCACUAGGUUCCUCUAUGCAGGUUUUUACUGUAUUUAUCUGAACUCAAACAAUCAGUGUAUGUUCCUUUGUUGAAGUUAAAUUUCAUAGCUUGUUUAUGUAUCCAGCAGUUUUAGCAGUUUUCUAAGUGUUUAGCCAAGGAAUAUGUGGCCAACACAUUUUUCUCAAACAAGGAUGCCAUGAGGGUGGUUGUUUUUAAAUCCUAUUUAUUUUGCUCACAUCAUUGCAAAAUGCUCACCCUGCAAAAUGCAUGUAAAUCCUGCUUCAUCUGUGCACAAAUUUGGCGGUUUAAAAUGCAAAAGUUUGGCACACACAAAGUGUAGCCAUUAUGCCAUUAGUUGUGCAUAGCAUCUUGACUUGGAUUUAAAUUUCAAAGCAUUAUUGCCGAUUCCAUUCUUACAACCUUUCCCUCCAUUAUGGGAAAAUUCAAUUCAAUUAUGGCAGACAGUUUUCUUUCAAAACAGAUUAUGUAGUAUAUUUCUGCAUGUUGUGAUACAUAUUUACUUGUCUGUUGUAGGGAGGUCAAUGAUUUCUUGGGGGAGAGGCCAUUUGAAGACUACCAACAAACAAUGUACUUUGCUAGAUAUCUACAGUGGAAGUGGCUUGAAAGGUACAUAUUUGCCUUUGUUUGCAUUAAUUAGCAAAAGUGAUAAUGGAGUGUUAAUGAUUUAAUGAAGUUAGUCAUAAAUAGAACAAGAAAAUGAUAAUUACAUUCUAAAUAUCUUUUUAAGCAGUGUCACCCAGUAAGCAAAGCAUUUCUCUCAAUGGUGACAUUGACGUAAGUUUAAAGUGACACCUUAUUCUUUUUUUCGCUUUUGUCUGACUCUUGCUGAAAUUAAUUUAAGCUGUGAUGUUAGCUGCAAUUUUAUGGCAUUUGCCAGUCUUUAUGCAGUGGUUCCAUAUUAGGGUGCAUGUGAUAAUAAAUCACCUUGGCUCUAUGUUUUCUGUAACUCAAUCUAACACCAGAAAUGCCCAUGAAAUCCCUGACAGUUAACAAAUUAUGUGAAAGGCCCUGAGCAAAUAGCAUGGAUGUCAUUUAUAAUAAUUUUCGCGUAUUGUGGACAGGAGUGAAAACUAGAACCUUGGUUAUAGUGGUUCUGUGUAAACAGAACAACUAAACUCGCAAAUUGUCAACUGGUUGAUAGUUCGUCCAGCACCAUGUGAAUUUAGCCUUAGUAAGAAACCCAAGGACAAUGUAACCCUGAUUAUAACAAAGUGUCCAGGGACUGAGAAACACGCUCAUUAAAAUGGGGGUAGAAUAAAUCAUGGUCCUGCUUCAUGCAUUUAUACCGGGGUGUUGGUUAUAUAAGGGUUUGUUGUAUCAGGGUUGCACUGUGAUGCGUAGACUGCAAAACAGUGGUUUUUUUUCUCAAAAUCAGUAAAGAAAUCGGUAAAGCAUGGCGUAAGAGUCUUACGCGCCCGUAGGGCGUGUGAGGCGAGAGAAAAAAAACCGACCGUCCGUUUUCCAUACAAUGAGUUCGUUCCAACCAGGGGGUUCAAAAAUGUCGUCGAGCUGUCAAAAAUCUGUUCGCAACUCCGCCCUCUUUGUGAAUUUGAUAGACUGGCGUGUUAUUAUUGACGCUGUAAUCCAGUAAUUAUAAAGCAGUUUUUGGCGUUGCUUCCCUGUGAAAUGAAGUGUAUAUAUUGAAAUGUAGUAUAUAUAGUGGAGGAUCAAAAAUGAGUGAAAGUGGCAGUAUGACAACAAAGAGGGAGAAAGCCGAAAGAGCCAAGGCUUUCGGACAAAUUGUAGAAUGUGCGGCUCUUGUUUCAAAACACAGUUCGGCAAUUUUACGAAUGGAUGGAUAAGCUCGGAAAAUGCGUUUGUUGCGCCUACCAGAAAAGGGGAAACGUUACCAAAGUGGGCCGACCUACUGAAAAACGAACUUUUCGUUGUCCUCGAGGAAGGAGAAUCUUUCUCCACAAGAGCAGUUUGCUCUCCGUGCGGAACAACGGUUAGAAAUUGCCCCAGGGAACUGAAAAGAAUGAGUAAAUCCCCUCAUUCCAAACCACGUCUUGGUGAUUUAGCUCUGUAAAUAUUACUAUCUGUGAGAAUUUAAAAUCCUGCCAAAAACGCUAACGAGUUUGGCCCAGCGCGCGUGACAAAACAUUGCAGGAAAAAGUCACAUUCACGGACACAAAGAAAGUCGCUUAAAAUUAUUCAAAUCCAGGAGGCACUUUGGAGAAAUAAAACAACCUAAAACCCUUAAUCAGCCGCAAUGAAGAGCUUUACAUUUCUAAAGGGGCCACGAAAGAAAAUGCUCUUGCGUCAGAGGGCAAAUCAUGCCUACCAGAGAAAAUCAAUAUGCGUGUCACGACCUCUCAGUAUGAAAUAUAUUUAAUAAGCGGCCAAAAUUCACAUUUGCUCAGUCAAAACAUUUUCUUCCAAAGCAUAAUCUACUCCACAGAGAAAACAAUUCAUUGGAACAAGCGGCAUGUUUGCAUGAGGUAAAAGUCGUGUGUUUCCUACCGAUCCCGCUUUUUUAGCCAGGUGAAAUAACAAUGACGGUCGGCCGUUGAACGGAACUUGAAGAACUCUUUGCAUGAACAAACAUCCAAUAAAUAAGGCUUUUGUCAAAUCCUGUUGGUAGAACACAGAAAACAUCCUUUCCCCUGAGUAGCAACUCCAAAGCUUCCCUCUGCUCUGAUUUUAAAACAAAUCCCAAUUCUUGCGAGCAAAUCCAGGCGAUCAACAUCUGUCAUUUUACAGCGAAAGCUUUAGCAAUUCAUCACAGUAUGAAAAACGUGAAUGACAUGUUGAAAACAUUACUUGACAGCUUGGUGACAACUUGCAUCAAAAUUUAGCCAAUGGGAAUUGCCCGUGGCUGGGAGAAGCGGGUAAUUCGAACGAAUAUAACGUAUGCAAAAUGGACAGUCCAUAUUUUUAGCGUCUCUCCCCAGUCUCUCUCUCUGUUUUCAGCCUCAUUCCAGACCUUUUGUUUGACUGCUCGCGCGUACUUGAAUACGCAAAAUUAUGGACUGUUUUGCAGUCUAUGUGACGCGUAAGGAGUUAGGCCAUUAGUUUUAGGCAACUCAAGACUCAACCUGUUUAUUCAGUAGUGUAGCAUUGACCUAUAGUAAACUGAAAUAAAAACUUUAAUCAGGAUGUCUCAUUCUUUAUCAGACAACCAGUAACGAAAAAGACGUUCCGCCACUAUAGAGUGUUAGGAAAAGGUGGAUUUGGAGAGGUAAGAUUGUUUAAAUGCAGUUUUAAUAGGUUUUUAAAAGAUUUUUUGAAAAAGAAUCGAGCAUGAACCUAAGGUCUGAGUCAGCUAUUCAGGCUUUUUAAAUUUCUCUCAUUCUUUGAAAUCAUUUGAUUCUUCUACCCAAAUAUUAAAGUCAUUUUGGAAAUCUAAGGUUCCUUUUAUACAGUGGAAGCUCUCUUAAUACUUGCAUUAAACCUAAAAAAGAUAAGGUGAAAAAUUUGUCCAAGUGCAAAGUGCCUAACAGAGCCACCUUAAUGGGCACUCUCAUAGGCUGACAGCUAGUUCUACUUACGUACAACUACCUUCACAAAACCCCAUUUCAACUCCCAUGCUAACUCUGUAUUUUUACAUUGCCGUAGCUGAUUUGGACACUUUCAGGGUGUACAAGGUAGAUUUUGGCUUUGUUUUUCAGUUCCUGUAAGCGGACACCUAAAAUGAAAUCUCACUCGCCCCUUUUUUCACAGACACAUCCAGUUACACUUCAAAAAACCACUUUAAUUUUAUGCCUGUGACUGAAUAACAAUGUUGUCAGAACAACAGUAUAUCCAAACACAAACAAACAUUACAUUCCCAAUGUUUAUUUGUAGCUGGGCAAGCUCCCUUAAGUGUCCAUCUAACCCUUACAACUUUAGUGGAGGCAUGUAAGCAUCCAGCUCCAGUGACCUUUUUCCAUCUAUGUAUCUAUGCUAACACAUAAAAUGUUUAUGAAUUCAUGUCUUCCUGGGAAAUUACUGCAAUUUAAAUUAGUGCAAAGUUGUUCUCAGGAGCCAGAAUGUUUGUUUUUUUCAGUUUUUGUCAACUUUUUACAUGUCAUCAUUUUUGUCAGUGACUUAACACUCAAUCUUUAACUCAACAUCUUGUUUUAAAGGUCUGUGCAUGUCAGAGUAAAAUUAGUGGUAAAAUGUAUGCGAUGAAAAAACUGGAAAAGAAACGGAUAAAGAGACGGAAAGGAGAAGCAAUGGCAUUAAACGAGAAGCAGCUGUUGGAAAAAAUUGACAGCAGAUUUGUGGUAGGUACAGGUUAAUAGAGAUUUAGAGGACAAUUUUCAGUUUUUUUUACCCUGCGAGCAAAGGUUUCUCUUUUGCAUGGCGUUAAUGAGGUCGUUUGCAUGGCUUGUCACUGGCUUAGUUGGUUUGUUUUACACCCCUCAGGAGAAACCUCUACAGUGAGCCACUUGUGGUUUCUGUUGACCAUGUGCCAGAUCGUUAAUUUGUUAUUAUAGAGAUAAUGACAUAAAUUUUAUCACCUGAUUUAGGGAGACAAGCCAUGCAAAUGACUUAGUAAAUGCUGAAAACCAAACUGAAUGGUGCUGUAAACUGUUCAGAACUUGAGUGAACUAUUGUAUUAUCUUUGGCAGUAUUGUGCAUUAUUGGCAGUAUUGUGCAUUAUUAUACACAGGGAGCCGCAAAGUUGUGAGUGAUGAGUUGUGUGGGUGCCUGUGCAAUUGAAAAGAGACAAGAGCUGUCAAUCUGUCACCAGGCUUCAGAAACGCUGUAUGAGACUAGGGCAGUCUCUCUUCCGGCUUGUACUGGGGCCCAAAAACUUCGCACACCUUGCACACUUGCAUCAUCUUGCAUACACUCUCACAAAUCUUAGAGCAAAAGAGAGACUACUCACAGUCUAUUUUAUUCAGUGACUUAGGCAGCUCGGAAGAAAAAUUCACCAUCCAGUCUGUCAUUAUUUUCAUGUUUGUCACAUGAACCUGGUUUAGUGGCCUUAGCUCCCAUGAGUCUCCUUUAGCUCAGUGUCCUAGUAACCAGGUCAUAGGCUCAACUCUUGUCGGGAGUAUUUGGAUUUUUCUUCCGAGCUGCCUGUGUCACAGAGAGAACAUCUCUCUCAUGUGUAGCCAAAUAACUGUAUACAGCUAGCAUUAUUGGCAUAUAAGAGUCCAAGCAACUGCUCAUGAAACAAAGGAUUCUGUGGAUCAUAUGAACGUUGAAUUUUGAAAAACAUUUUUGGCGAAAAAAGUGCGUGUUAUACACAAGUAAAUAUGGUAAAUUGUCUGCCCUUUUCAGUAGCUGAUAUGAAAUCUUGGUCUUUUUAGGGAAUGGAGUUUUUAUUUUAAUGUCUUUUUCUUUGUAGGUCAGUUUAGCAUAUGCAUAUGAAACCAAGGAUGCACUCUGUAUGGUGUUAACACUAAUGAAUGGUGGAGACCUUAAGUUUCAUAUUCAUAACAUGGGUAAUCCUGGUUUUGAAGAAGAAAGAGCAGUAUUUUAUGCAGCAGAAGUCAUGUUAGGAUUAAUUCAUUUACACUCCAAGAGAAUAGUUUACAGGUAUACCAUAUUGCCAAAAAAUGAUACCCUUUUAUUUAACCAAUCUCUCAAGUCUGCUUUCUUACGGGGUUCGUACAGGUCACAAAAAACCUGGAAAGACAUGAAAUUUAAGAAUUUCAUUUUCCAGGCCUUGAAAGUCAUGGAAUUGAGUUGUCGGUCCUUGAAAUUCAUGGAAAAUUAAAGUUUUGUUUGGUAGUUUAGUUACUGCAGAUGACAAAGCAAGGUCAAUGAAAGACUGAGAUGAGUAAUUGAACAGUAGUAUUAAACAGGGUUAACGGCAUGCAUUUUGGUGGACACCAGAGCUCGUGUCUGCUGAACUGUUUUAUGUCAAAGAAAUGUCCUAAAACAAGGAAAGUUUUGAAAAAUUUCAAAAGUGACAGCAAACCUAAGGUCAUGGAAAAAGUCAAGAAAAGUCAUGGAACUUGAAGAGCUCGUAAAAGUAUGAACCAUGAUCUUAUCAGGUGGACAAACAGGCAAGAAUAUCUCAAUGAUAACAGUUAAUUGCAUACGCACAUUUUUUUGCAACUGGAAAGUGUAGAUCACUAAUGAACGUUUCUUUGAUAGCCAAGAAUAAUUAGCAGUGCAAGAAUAAUCCCAAUUAAUUUAACAAAAAUGAUGUUGAUGAUUUUUCAUUCAAUUUCCUUGCAGAGAUAUGAAACCAGAAAAUCUUCUUUUAGAUGACUAUGGUCAUGUUCGAAUCUCAGAUCUUGGUUUAGCUGUUCAAAUAAAAAAUGGCGAGACAAUACGAGGGAGAGUAGGAACAAUAGGCUAUAUGGGUAUGUGGAGUAAAUUUCCUGUCAGCUACAAUACUCUUCAAAAAUCUUGAAACACUUGUGUCUAUUUCCCCUUCCCCAAUGUUGAUGUGGGUAUUACAGUGGUCUCAGUGCCUCAAAAUACGCGUGGCUCAACAUUGGGGAGGGAGAAGGCACAUUUCAGGGGGGAAAACAGUGUGAAGUAGAAAUCUCAUGAUUUUUCCAGAAAAUUCGAGAGAAACGGUGUCUGUUUCAACGAUUUGUGACGAGUAUUGUAGAUCUGGUGUGAUGAAAAUAAUGAUGCAUGAUUCAUUGAUAGAUUCUGCUCACUUUAUAUUUUAGCCCCUGAAGUUGUCAAAAACGAACGUUAUACAUUUUCACCGGACUGGUGGGGUCUAGGCUGUCUUAUAUUUGAGAUGAUUCAAGGAAAAGUAAGUUAAAUUUUUUUUUUUUUUAAGAGAAACAAAAGAAAUCCGUAGCUGUUUGAUUCCCUGCGUGCUUGUUGUACAUGUAUUUAUCCAGCAACUUGAAGUCUAAGCCUGGUGCUUUCCAUUUGUCAGAACUGGCUAGCCAGACCAGUUAAGGCGUGAAGAGAAUUCUAAAUCAAGACUGUCAAGCCAGAUCAGUCAAUACCUAAAUGGCAUGUUAUUUUUGUACAGCAGUGAUAGGCUUUCACAAAAAUUUCAACAAAAGACAGAUGUUUCAUUCAAAAUGACCGUUCUGACUGGUCAACUCUGUCUAUUGUUGAGUUCCUUUAGUGACAGCCCUGUAUGUGAACUUCUAACUGUGAUCCAUUGUUCUGUACUGCAGUCUCCAUUUCGAGCAAGAAAAGAAAAGGUAAAGAGAGAUGAGGUGGAACGGAGGGUCAAAGAGGAUCAGGAAGCAUACACAGACAAAUUCAGUUCUGCGGCAAGGUUAAUAUGUGGUCAGGUGGGUACUGGUCUCUUGCUGUAUCUUACCAAACAACCAGAGAACUGACAAUAAAUAUUUGACUGAUAAUUUGACUAACAAUAGAUGACUCUGACAAUAGACGGAUCCAAAUGCACCAAUUACGAGUCUUCAUAGCCAAUAACAUCGCAGCUUAACUGACAGACGACCAAUAACAUCCUGACAUAAUUGACCAAUCAGGUCAAUAACCAGAGUGUGAUACCAUCAACUGACGUGACACAACUCAACUCUGAAGAUGACUACCACACAGGUUGUCGAAAUGUCAGUCACUGUCAACAACAACAGUCCUAUUCAGGACUACGUUCACCCAGACGAUCAAAAAAAAUUUACUUUUGAAAUGACUCCUGGGUUCAAACCUUUCACCGUCUCUUACCAAGUUACAGAGUAGGUCCAUGGGUCCUGGAACUGGGUAUUCUAAAGUCCUAUAGAAUUUCUUUGGUAUUUUGAGGACAGAGUAGUUAAGGAUUGUGAUUGUUGAAAAUCCAGAAAAUCAGUUAUGAUAAAAAGUCAUGUAUACGUGGCACUAAUGUGGAUAAGCUGCACCCCCAAAAAGUACUGAAGUUUGCUAGUUAAUCUUCAUUGUGGUAUGUUUAGUCCUAUUAACUUCUGAACCUGAUUUCAAGCAUACAGUUUUUCAAAUCAGUCAUCUAGGAACAUGUCUGGCCAACUCUAGCCUACAGUAUGUCCAGGAUAGAACUCUGUUAGGAAAUUUACAAAAGUCACAAAAUUUGACAAGAAUGCUAUGAAAAUUGUGAAAGUAAUGAAAAUAAUGAAAUUUUGCAUAGCCAUUAACUAAAAGUGAUGAGGAAAUGUAAGUGAGGCCAAGAAAAGUCCUAAAGGAAACAGCGAAAAAACGAAAAUUGCAAAAAUAAUUAAAUAAUUAAAUAAUGAAAUUUUGCAAAGCCAUUAAUGAAAAGUGACAAGGAAAUGUAAAUUUUGUAGUUUGCACAAGGUCAUAGUGAAAAACGUUAAUAAUAGUAGUAAUAACUCUUACAGGUCUGAAUGGUUGUCAGGAAGUGUGAGAAACAGGCUGGCCCCAAAGGAUUUUAACAUUUCAGUGAUGAUUGCAGACUAGUUAUUUACCUACAGGUUGCAUUUUUUUUUCAGGCCCUUCAAAAGGAAGUGUCUAACAGACUAGGAUACAAUGAUGUGGGUGGAGAGGAAGCUAAGAAACAUAUUUUCUUUAGGAACAUUAACUGGCCUCAGUUGGAAGCAGGAAUGUUCAAACCUCCAUUUGUACCUGAUGUGAGUUCUUAGGUGUUGUUUGAUCAAUAGAGAGUUUAAGCUGUGACAUUGUUGAGUGAUGCAGAUCAACCAGAAGUGUCAGCACUCUUCUCUUUUAUUGUGCCUUGAUGCUACCAAAUUUGUAUGGUUAAGUGUCUUAGUUUACUUUUUAUAAAGAUGAUUUGCCCAAGAAUUUGUUCAAAAUCAUGGCCGAAGAGUGCAGAAAGUCCACUUCCAGUGUUAGCUGUUACAGUGGACCUUGAACUUUAUUCAACUUGAUCUACGUGACUCGUCUGUAUCAAGGAUUUAUUUUUAGUUUAUUUUUUAUUUGCAUCAGAUAGUGUGAAAAGGUGUUUUUCAACACUACUGGUCACAAAAAUCCCAUUUCACUACGCUAUUAAAGUGCACCGUGGGCAGUCUUCCAUUAAUAAAAAUAAACUGUAUGCUUACCUGAUUUGUUACAUCUAAUAUAAUGUUAUACAAGGUACAUAAUGUUUGUUUUAAUUAAAGAAAUGCUUUAUCCCCAGCCUAGAGCCGUCUACUGUAAAGAUGUAUUAGACAUUGAACAGUUCUCUUCUGUGAAGGGCGUCCGUUUGGAUGAAAGCGAUGAUGAUUUUUAUAGGAGAUUUGCUAGUGGAUCAGUCUCAAUCCCUUGGCAAUCAGAGGUAGUUCUUUAUCUCUUUGUUGAGCUGUCAGGAGUAUUAUUCAGAUGUAUUCUGUCAUGUAUCUCUCCUUUGGGGUGAACCAAAAACUGAUAUUUUCAAAUCAUUUUAUACCCUAAGUUAGCACUGUUUGAAUAAAUUAUCCAACUGAUCGAGAAACGCUUUAUUAAUGUGAAUUUUGUUCUUACCUCAAACUAUCCCUAAACUAUUUAAAGGGAAAUACAGUAUUGUUAACUCACAUUGAGCUAAGUAUAACUAGUUGAAAUUUCUUCUUUUUUUUUUUUCUUUCUAUCUCACUUUUUCACUUUGCUUUCUACAGAGCAAGGUAGACUAAAGAAAACAGGGGAGCGGCUAUAUUGAACAAGUUCCUAUACAAUGUAAAUUAAAAUUUUGACAAAACGCUUCUUGAACACGAGCAGUGUCAACAACAUGAAACACAACGGCCAGACUUAAACAGAGUUCAAGCUGUAAUAUUCCAUUUAAGACUCCACUGUGAAGCUAUUUCAAAGCCUCCAUUAGUCUCAUAAAAAAGACUGUUAGCCUAAAUUUUGAAAAAAAAAAUGUCAAAAUUUGUUAUGCUACGUUUUUGCAGAUGAUUGAGAUGGAAUGCUUUGCAGAACUGAACGUAUUCGGCCCAAAUGGUACUCCAACCCUUGAUCUUGUUGGGGACACUCCGCCCGAGCCUCCAAAAAAGAGGGGAAUGGCUUGCUGUUCAGGAUCAGUGAGUUUAUCAUGUUUUAAUUUUUAA